CGAAGAGAGUUGAAUGUUUAUAACAUAAUCUUACAAAAUAUUACAACUUUACCAUAAAAGUGUUGAAAUACUAAGUUUGCAACAAUGGCUGAUGAUGGAUCUUGGAGGCAGACCAAUUUUAGACAAAAUAUUGUCCAAAAAAUUGAUGAGGCGAUACGAGCAUCAGGAAUGUCCAUGUCUAGAAAUAGUCUGGAAAUGGAAAAUCAUGUCUUCCAGAAAGCAAAAACAAAAGAGGAAUACCUUGGCUUUGUGGCAAGGUUAAUCCUACAUGUCAGGGAAAUGAAUGCCAAAAAGGGCGCUGGUGGAGUAAUGAAUGGCACUGGAGGUCAAGCUGGCCCUGGAAUGCAGGAUCCCAUCAAUGCCCUACAAAAUUUAGCCAGCCAGGGUAACACCAGAAACAACCAGAUGAUGAACAUGGGUCCACAAGCUGGUAAUAUGCCCCAGCAAGUUGGUCCCAACGCCACCAACCUAUUACAAACCCUCAAUCGCGGCCCAAAUCAAAUGAACGCCGUACCCAGCCCAAUGUGUGCAAGACCAAGCAUGCCUGGCAUGGUACCCAAUGGCAAUAUCCCCAAUCAAAUGCCCCCACAGAUGCAGAAUGGCGGCAUGAAUCAAAUGCCGCAACAGAUGCAAAACAUGCCGAACCAAAUGCCAAAUCAGAUGCCGAAUCAAAUGGGUAAUCCUAUGGGCAUGCCGAAUCAGAUCCAAGGCCCGCCGAUUAUGGGCCACGUGCAGAUGAUCCAGCACAAGCCGGAGAUGAUGAUGAAUGCACCUCCGCAUGCAGGCCUGCAGCGUAAACCCCUUCAGAUGCCACCACAAAUGAUGACGCAGAGCCCCGGCGCACAGUCUGUACAAUCACCAGCUGGUAUGAGUGUACCUACUCCGAACCAGAUGGUGCCAUCACCUGCAAUGGCACCAAGUCCCAGUUCUCAAAUGAAUAUGCAGAUGAAUACACCAAACCAACAGAGAUCGGUGGGAAUGGCGCCGAGUCCUUCAAGCUCUUUGAAUACUCCAGGACAACCAAAUCAGAGCCCCAUGGGGUUGCAGGAUGAAGGGGCUUAUAUGCAGAAAGUGCGACAGUUGAGCAAAUAUAUCGAGCCGUUGAGGAAAAUGAUUGCUAGGAUGGGAAAUGAUGGAGAACAUGUGGAAAAAACUAGUAAGAUGAAGAAAUUGUUAGAAAUCCUAUCAAACCCACAACAGAGAAUGCCCUUGGAAACACUUCUCAAGUGUGAAGUUGUACUAGAAAAGUUAGACUUCAAGCGUGGAGACGGAAGUGUCUCUGCACCAACAACCACAACAACUCUUAAAGAACAUCAUGCAUUUAAACCUCUAAUUGAAGCAGUUAAUAACAAUCUACAGGCACCUUCGAUUAAUCACACCUUGCAUCGUACUUUUGGACCAACUCUGGAUGCGCUUUUCAGUCCAGAAUUAAAGUUAGUUCCACCAUUAAAACGCAAAAGAAUCGAAGAACCAGCCAGUGAAAUCCCCGAAGUGUUACAAGGAGAAAUUGCACGGUUGGAUCAACGCUUUAAAGUAUCCAUCGACCCGAAUCAACAACCAGGAUCAAAAACAAUACAACUUAUUUGUUGGUUGGAUGAUAAAAACUUACCAUGCGUCCCUCCAGUUUCGCUCACUGUACCAGAGGAUUAUCCGAUGACAUCGCCCAAGGUUUACAUGGCUCCACACGAGUAUGAAACCACACAGUUUUUAACCAGAGUACAAACCGCAUUGCUGGCUAGAGUGAAGAAACUGCCGAAACAUUUUUCGCUGUCGCAAUUGUUGGAUACUUGGGAGAUGAGUGUUCGGCAAGCUUCUGCGCCGACAAUUAUGCCUGUAAACAGUACAACUGUUUUAAUGGGGAUUUAAAUAUAAAUACAUUAGAUUUAAGUAAUAAAUUAAUUAAUUAAUAUUAUUAUCUAUAGAUAUGUAUGUAUUGGAUUGGAUGUAGUUCGUAAUUAUAUAAAUUCUGUUUCUUUUUUUUAUGAAAACUGAAA